UUUAUCUUUUUGUUGAUUAAAUGUCCGAGUUUAAUCCUCUUCAUAUGUUUUGCCGUUUAUGUUUACAUUCACUACAGAACAAGAUAAUCAACAGGGAAAUAAGACAGAGACGAUAAGAUGUAAAUUGAUGCUAUGUUGUGAUUCCCUCUCUGAAACGACAGCGGCCACUCCGUUGAACGUUCACCAGUUAGACAAACGCGUCAUGUGCAAUCUCUCGUCCUUGUCACUGCGGCUCUAUGUGGCGUCAGCCUGGGAUGAUGGACUGUGCUGUUCCCGUCUCGGAGGUCGUCCUAGAAAAACACUUUAUCAUAACACUGGAGUGGACGUCGCGGUUACGUUACCCAGCAGUGAUAACACGCACGAGCUGCAUCAUAGGAGACCGCUAAAAACACAGAGGAUGAGAGCAGAUGGACAUCACGGGAGAAAAUUCAGCACAACAUUUGAUCAUCUCUGACAUCACUCCAGAGUAAUCCUGUCUGUGUGCUUGCCUGUAUAGACCACAUUAAUGGGUCUUUCACUGUCAGCUUGGCUGUACGGCAGGGUAGAUGACAGCCAUCCCUCCUCUUCAGCAUUCCCACAUCUGGCUGUACCGACCUCCUCCCGCCUUGCUGUCACUCUGAACUCCUCUCCAGUUGCUUCUGAAGAUCCUCACUCACACUGGAGCUUAGUGCAUCACUCUCCACACUUUCUGCUGUCUGACUGCAAACAGGAAGUUACACGCUCACCUGUAGAGCUGAGCAGUGAUGGGGUGAGGGCAGAGAUGGGGGUGAAGAGUGGACUUCAUGUAUGGGAGGUGCUGUGGAGCUCCAAUCUCAGAGGGAGUCAUGCGGUCAUUGGUAUUUCCAAUCAGAAUUGUCCUCUGCAGGCCUCAGGAUACAACGUGCUGAUUGGUGGAGACUCAGAGUCCUGGGGCUGGGAACUAAAAACUAAUCAGCUUUGGCAUGCUGGUCAGAGUCUUGGACUUUACCCAGAAAACAGAAAAUGGGGUCACUCUGAAGCUAGAAAGCAUUUUAUGCCAAAGGAAGCAGAAACACCUCUAAACAUCCCUGAGCGCAUCCUGCUGGUCUUGGAUGCAGAUGCAGGGACUCUAGGAUUUGUUGUGGACGGCUGCUUCCUUGGUGUUGCUUUCAAAGACCUCCCCCCAGGAGAGGAGCUGUUCCCAGCAGUGAGCAGUGUGAGAGGAGGAGCCAGUAUAAGACUACGAUACCUAAACGGUGCCACCCGUGAUCCUCCUGCUCUGAUGGCUCUAUGUGGACUAUCAAUUCAUCAGUUUUUAGGGAAAGACAGACAGAAUCAAGCUGAAAAACUGCCUCUACCGCCACGUCUCCAGCACUACCUGAUUUCUUGUCAUUGAUUUGCGCAUUCAUACAUACCAAAUAAAUAUUUUGUCAAUAAUCACACAGUCUACAAAGAAAUGACACAUCCUUUCAGUUUAAUUAUAAAGUAAAUGUGUAAAGUCAGUCUAUAAAAGGUACGGUACACUAUUAAUUUACCCCCUAUAUUUUUUAAGUGUUCAGUCCUACAAAGGAAAACUGUCCUGUGUCAUAGAUAUUUAUAUAGACAUGUAAGAUCGUCUUGCACAUUUAGAAACGGGCCUUUAAUAUACAUUGCCACCUAAACCUAUAAUGCUUCAGGAGGUAAUGUUGAUUUGAAAUUAACAGUAAAAACACAUCUACACUGGCCACAAGACUAUAGAUUGAGAAAACCACAUACAUGAUUAAGUGAGCGAUUCAUUACAAAGCAAUGCACUGGUGUACUUCAGUUACUGAUUGUUGCCUUUGCCAUCCUUGGAGGGCAGAUUUAGUAGUGGGUGGGUAUACUCUAAUGCACUGAUUCUCAACUGGUGGGUUGGGAUCCAAAAGUCUUUUGUGGAGUUGUGUAUAGUGAGUCGUGAAUGUGUGCCAGAAAAAAAAUAUCCAAAGAGUCUAUGAAGUGCUUAGAAACUUCUGUAGUUUAAGUUUUUGAUAGCAAAAAGGCAGCAAGAAGUGCUUGGCCUGAAAUCUUUGAGGAAUUUUCCCUGUAAACUUUUUAAAAGAAACUUUAAGUAAUUGUUCCCCUCAAUUUUGGAUAGUUUUCUAUGGGCAUCCCAGAAACUUUUGGUAAUAUUCUCAGGGACUAUUUCUCUAAAUCUAAAGAAAUUUUACAAAGAACUCUGAGCUCUUUGGAAAUUUCAACAGUAAUAAGAAAUGGGGUCCAAACCGCACUAUGUUUCAUUAAAUAAAGCUGGUUAGAAGGAAAAAAAAUAUAAUUUAAAAUUUGGGUCGCCAUUGCUCAUUAAGGAGUUGGUAGUGGAUCCUGAUGCACGACAACUUGAGAACCAUUGCUCUAUAGAGCCAGAAAAAUAAGUACUGCUACUGGAAAUUAGAAAAACUAUUAGAAAAAGGCAAAGUUUCUUUAACUUUGAGAAUUUCAUUCUUUGUGUGUUUUUUAAGUGACUUGACUUUUAAAAAUUAUUAUUUUAAAAAGAGAAUAAGGACAGUCCAUUGGAUUUUUGUUUUGGUGGCAUGGUGUUUUUCUUUUGCCUAUUAAAACAUAACUGAAUGUGAGU